GAAAACUUUUGCGUCGAAAAACACCGAAUGAACAGCGAUGAUUUUACCACUUGCAACCACAUUCAGCCUCUUUCCCAUCUCACAGACUGAAAACAACAGUACUGGGCUCCGGAAAGCGCAGAGUUCAGCGGGACGCUCGGAGUUUGGAGAGACGCUCAAAUAAUGGCAAAGAAGAAACGGGCUUUUUUUCUCCAAGGAUUUCCAGAUGACAGGUUAUGGUAGAGGCAGACAUGCCAGCCAACCUCACCAUCUCCACCCACACCACGAACUACAACUUCCCAGCGCUCAUCUUCGGGAUAUUACUGAUCAUAAUCAUCAUUUGCGGGAACGUGCUGGUGUGUCUGAGUGUUUACACGGAGAAAGCGCUGAAAACCACCACCAACUACUUCAUAGUCAGUUUGGCUGUGGCUGAUCUGCUGUUAGCUGUGCUGGUCUUACCGCUGUUUGUGUAUGCGGAGUUUCAGGAUGGAGUUUGGUCCCUCAAUAUGACCGUAUGUGAUGGACUGAUGACCAUGGAUGUCAUGCUUUGCACUGCCUCAAUAUUUAACCUCUGCGCCAUCAGCAUAGACAGGUUCAUCGCCGUCUCCAUCCCUCUAAAUUACAACCGCAAACACGUGGACCAGCGACAGAUUGUCCUGCUCUCCGCCACGUGGAUCCUGGCCUUAGCCGUGGCCUCCCCCGUGAUGUUCGGCAUCAACAACGUCCCCAACCGGGACCACAGCGAAUGCAAGCUGGAGGACAACAACUACGUUAUCUACUCCUCCGUCUGUUCGUUUUUCGUGCCGUGCCCCAUCAUGCUGCUCCUGUACUGCGGAAUGUUCCGGGGCCUGAGGAACUGGGAAGAGGCUCGGAAAGCUAAAUUAAGGAGCAACAUGGAGGCCUGCCGAAAGCUUCAGGAGGCCGCAGCGUCGCUCCAGCCGCUGUCUGGCCUGCCGCCGCCGCUCCCGCCUGUUAUAGAGAAAGACAUUACAUUGGAGGAGCUGGACCAAGAUCACUAUCCCGAUCCCGACAGUCCUGAUCCUGUGUCCAUGUUGGCGUAUCCUGGAGGAGGCUACAAUCAGGAUCAAAACCAGAACCGGCAACGGAAGCGGGCCAAGAUCAACGGCAGAGAGAGGAAAGCCAUGAGGGUGCUUCCGGUUGUAGUAGGUGCCUUCCUGUUCUGCUGGACACCAUUCUUCGUAGUGCACACUAUGAGGGCUCUCUGCGAAGACUGCGAAAUUCCUGGCAGCGUCACCAGUAUCGUGACCUGGUUGGGUUAUGUCAACAGCGCCAUCAACCCAAUCAUCUACACCGUCUUUAACACGGAGUUCAGGAAGUUCUUUCGGAAGUUUCUGCCGACGCUGCCUGGCUGCUGCUAGCCUGAGCAUGCUAAAAGGGUUUACGAACAAAACAUACCCAAAAAAUGUGUAAAUAAACAAGAACUAAAAACGUUUGCGUGUAAAUACAGCAUGUUGUGAGAUAAUAAUGCACUAAGAUGUUUGCUGCCAUUACGUGUUUACUGUGUGUUUUAAUUUUGUAUGUUUACAUUUCAAGAGCUGACAUCAAAGGGCCUUAUUUAAGAAACACAAGCAGAGUGAAAUGCGUAAAUCACGCGUGAAUUCAUGAAAUGAUUGUAUUGUAAAAGGCGCGUUCACAAUGUAUUUUGCUGUUCACUUAUCCAACAAUGGUGUUUUUAUGGUUUGCAAAUGCAAAAUUUUGAAAACAAUUGUUAUUGUCGCUACAAAAAUGUGAGUUUUGGAAAACUUUCACUACAUGCAGUGACAUCGCCAUCUACUGGUAUACCAUACAAAAUACAAUGUGUUUGUCUGCAAAUUUUUGAAAAACAAUUGUGUUAUCGGCGCCACAAAAACUUGAUUUUGUGAAAAAAGUCACUACAUGCAUAGUGACAUCGCCACCUACUGGUAUAGCAUACAAAGUACAAUGUUUUUGUAGGCAAAUUUUUGAAAACAAUUGUGUUAUUGGCAUCACAAAAACUUGAUUUUGUGAAAAAUGUCACUACAUGCAUAGUGACAUCGCCACCUACUGGUAUAGCAUACAAAAUACGUUUUUGUCGGCAAAUUUUUGAAAACAAUUGUGUUAUCGGCGCCACAAAAACUUGAUUUUGUGAAAAAAGUCACUACAUGCAUAGUGACAUCGCCACCUACUGGUAUAGCAUACAAAGUACAAUAUUUUUGUAUGCAAAUUUUUGAAAACAAUUGUGGUAUUGGCGCCACAAGAACUAGAUUCUGUGAAAAAUGUCACUACAUGCACAGUUACAUCACCAUCUACUGGUAUAGCAUGCAAAAUACAGUGCUUUUGUCGGCAAAUUUUUUGAAAACAAUUGUGUUUUCUGCACCGCAAAAACUUAAUUUUGUGAAAAAUGUCAUUGCAUUUACAGUGAUACACCAUCUUCUGGUAUAGCAUGCAAAAUACAAUGUUUUUGUGUGCAAAUUUUGGAAAACAAUUGUGUUAUCGGCGCCACAAAAACUAGAUCUUGUGAAAAUUUUCUCUACGUGCACAGUGACGUCGCCAUCUACUGGUAUAGCAUGCAAAAUACAGUGCUUUUGUAUGCAAUUUUUUGAGAACAACUGUGUUAUCGGCACCACAAUAACUUGAUUUUGUGAAAACUUUCUCCACGUGCACAGUGACAUCGCCAUCUACUGGUAUUGCUUCCAAAAUUUUUAAAAACAUUUGCGGUAUUGGCGCCACAAAAAAUAGAUUCUGUAAAAAAAAAAAAAAAA